CUUGCUCACCAGCCACCUCCUCUAGGAAGAAAGACUAGGAAAAGUUGCAUCUGCAAAGAACCUUGUGCUGACCUUUGGGGCCCCGUGCGUGCGUGUGCAGCAAGACACAGGAAGGUGUGUGUGCAAUGGGGGGCCGGCACUCCGGGGACCCUCCGGUGCCACCUCGCCUGUGUUUUGCACUGGAGGCUCGGCCCCGCGGCCUGGGACGCGGACGGCGAUGACCCCUGUGGCAGCAGGCCGCGAAUACGUCCAGAGGGGCCAUGGCAGUCCUGGCGUGGAAGUUCCCGCGCACCCGCCUGCCGUGGGAGCCAGUGCCCUGUGCGUGGUGGUCCUGUGUUGGCUCUAACAUCUUCCCGGUCACAGCUGCCGAACGAGAAGGAGAUCGUGCAGGGGGUGUUGCAACAGGGCACCGCGUGGAGGAGGAACCAGACGGCCUCCACACUCUUCAGGAAACAAAUGGAAGACUGCUGUGACCCCACCCAUCUCUUUGCUAUGACUAAAAUGAAUUCCCCCAUGGGGAAGAGCAUGUGGUAUGAUGGAGAGUUUUUAUACUCAUUCACCAUUGACAAUUCAACAUAUUCUCUCUUCCCCCAGGCAACCCCCUUCCAGUUGCCAUUGAAGAAAUGUGCGGUGGUGGGCAAUGGUGGCAUUCUGAAGAAGAGUGGCUGUGGCCGUCAAAUAGAUGAAGCAAAUUUUGUCAUGCGAUGCAACCUUCCUCCCUUGUCAAGUGAAUACACUAGGGAUGUUGGAUCCAAAAGUCACUUGGUGACAGCGAAUCCUAGCAUCAUUCGACAAAGGUUUCAGAAUCUGCUAUGGUCAAGAAAGACGUUUGUGGACAGCAUGAAAAUUUACAACCACAGUUACAUCUACAUGCCUGCCUUCUCUAUGAAGACAGGGACAGAGCCAUCCCUCCGGGUUUAUUAUACACUCUCGGAUGUCGGUGCCAAUCAAACAGUGCUCUUUGCCAACCCCAACUUUCUGCGUAGCAUUGGAAAAUUCUGGAAAAGUAGGGGAAUCCAUGCCAAACGCCUGUCUACAGGUCUCUUUCUGGUGAGCGCAGCCCUGGGUCUCUGUGAGGAGGUGGCCAUCUAUGGCUUCUGGCCUUUCUCUGUGAAUCUGCAUGAGCAGCCCAUCAGCCACCACUACUAUGAUAACGUCUUGCCCUCUUCUGGCUUCCAUGCCAUGCCAGAGGAAUUUCUCCAACUCUGGUAUCUUCAUAAAAUUGGUGCACUGAGAAUGCAGCUAGAUCCAUGUGACACACCCUCACUCCAACCCACAUCCUAGGAUCCGUGGAAGAUGAAAGGACCAAGCCAGGGUGUUUAUGCUGGGUUUUCUAUGUGACACCACAGAAGAAUGGUCAAGCUGUUUCAUGGAUUGGAGCAGACCACUCAGAAAGAUGAGAAAAAUAACAAAAAAAGACCCAAAUAAAACUUUACUUUUAAUGUUGGCUUGCAGGACAAAUCAAAUGUCCUAUGAUACAUUUUGUAGAACACCGUGAAUUUGCAAGUAGUGAAAUGCCCAUAAGAUGACGUAGGUAUAGCACAUUUCUAUGGUUCCAAUCUGGAAGAUGCAGUUCAAAAACAAGAGAGAUCUAGUUGUUGAGGCUGAGGAACCACUCA